ACUGACCAGACAGAAUCACACAUCAAGGAGCCUCUCCAAAGCAUCACCAGGACCAAGAAGCCCAUCUAGAGCAUCUCCACUGCCAGAUCCAAGGAGCCAUCCAGAGUCUCUCCUCUCCACACACUGAAGAUGGAGCAUAGCACCUCUCUCACCCUCCUCCUCCUCCUCCUCCUGGACCUCUCUCAGGCCAACCCUCUCGUGGAGGAUGGAAGUGGACCGGAGAUCCUAAUAGACAACCCUGAGGCUGUAGACUUCACUGAGAGAAUUCUGACCACUAAUAACGGCUCCAGUCAGUUUCUGCUGGAGGGAGACCUGCUGGCACCAACAACCAGAAAUGCCAUGAUUUGCUUUAGUUCAGGGUGCUUCUGGAGCAAAGGCCCUAACGGAAAGGUUGAAGUGCCUUACACAGUGAGCAGUAGCUUCACUUCCUCCGACAAGCAGAUCAUUGAGAACGCCCUCCAGGCCUUCCCUUCCAAGACCUGCAUUCGCUUCGUGCCUCGUCGGAAUCAGGUUGACUUCAUCAGCUAUGAGCCCAGAGACGGGUGCUGGUCCUCUCUUGGGAGAGUGGGAGGCCAACAGGUGGUCUCUCUCCAAAGGGACGGCUGCGUUUACUUCGGCAUCGUUCAGCACGAGACUCUCCACGCUCUGGGUUUCCAGCACGAACAAACCAGGAGCGACCGUGACCAGUACGUCAAGAUCAGCUGGAGUAACAUCGACGCUAACAGUGCCUACAACUUCGAUAAAUCAAACACCAACAACCUCAACACUCCCUAUGACUACAGCUCUGUCAUGCACUAUGGAAAAACAGCCUUCUCUAUCAAUGGAAUGGACACCAUCACCCCCAUCCCCAACCCCAACGUGUCCAUCGGCCAGAGACAGGGGUUGUCCACCACUGACAUCCUGAGGAUCAACCGACUCUACAAAUGCUAAUAGGAAGACAUCAAGUCACAGGAGAAAAGCCUGGAAAAGACCAGAUGAAGGAAGUCAAGUCUGACAUACAAAAUGUUAUCUUAUUGAUUUAAAUCAUUGUUUAGUUGUAACUUUAAAAAUAUAAUUACUGUAGUUGUGUAGUUUUCUCAAAUUAUUUUAAUCACAUGAGUUAGUUAAUUAUCUAAAAUAAACAAGAUUGAAAGCAAA